GAAUUUAGAAAAAUUGACGUCGAAUCACAUAAACUUGAGCGCAUUUAGAAAAUUUGUUGCGUUUAAUAAACAACAAUAAUAAAUAUUCGUAUCUAAAAUUAAUAUACUUGAUAAUAUUUUGAUAACUUGUAGUUGAGUGGUUGCACGAUUUUUUAUAUCAUCAAGGGCAUUUUAAUUUAUACUUAGAUCAGAUUACUGCAAACCACUGUUGAGUUAAGAAGUGUUUUUAAAUAAUUGUAUAAAAAAUGGCUAGCCGGUUUGCUGAUGUUCCUCUUGGACCCCCAAUUGAAGUAUUCGCUUUAAUGAAAGCAUUCGCGGAUGAUCCACAUCCAAAUAAAGUAAAUUUAGGGGCAGGAACUUACAAAACUGAGGAGAGUAAACCAUGGGUAUUACCGGUGGUACGAGAAACGGAACUAAUGAUGGCAAACGAUGUAACCUUAAAUCAUGAAUAUUUACCCAUAUUGGGUAUGGAAGCUUUUUCAAAAGCAGCCACUUCAUUGUUGUUAGGGGAAGAUAAUGUUGCAAUUAACGAACAGAGGGCUUUUGGAAUUCAAACAUUAUCAGGAACUGGUGCCUUACGAGUUGGUGCUGAUUUCUUAGCGAAAGUUUGCAAAUAUACAGUAUUUUAUUAUUCGAACCCUACCUGGGAAAAUCAUCGAUUAUUAUUCUUAAACGCUGGCUUUGAAUCAGCUAGAACGUACAGAUAUUGGGAUGAAAGUGGUCGUUGUCUAGAUAUUAAAGGAUUUUUAGAAGAUUUAAAGAAUGCACCACCACAUUCCGUUAUAAUUCUUCAUGCUAUUGCACAUAAUCCAACUGGAUGUGAUCCAACUCAGGAACAAUGGAAGCAAAUAGCUGAUGUAUGUGAGGAACGACAAUUGUUUCCAUUCUUUGAUUCGGCAUAUCAAGGAUUUGCAUCCGGUGAUGUUGAUAAAGAUGCUUGGGCUGUACGCUAUUUUGUAUCGAGAGGUUUUGAAAUAUUCUGUGCACAAUCUUUUGCCAAAAACUUUGGAUUAUACAAUGAACGAGUUGGAAAUUUAACAGUUGUAACUAAAGAUAGUUCAAAUGUGCCACAAAUUAAAUCUCAACUUACUUUGAUUGUUCGUGGUUGUUAUUCAAAUCCACCCAAUCAUGGUGCUCGAAUUGUUGCUACAAUUUUAACGAAUCCUGAUUUAAAUCAAAAAUGGAAAAAAUGUAUUGAGAUCAUGUCGACUAGAAUUAAAGAGAUGCGUAUAUUGUUAAAUACUACAUUGAAAGCUUUGGGUACACCUGGUAAUUGGGACCACAUAUUGACUCAAAUUGGAAUGUUUUCUUACACUGGACUUUCGAAACGUCAAGUAGAAAAUAUGGUUAAAAAACAUCGUGUUUAUUUAUUAAGCAGUGGUCGUAUAAACAUGUGCGGCAUUACUAAAGAAAAUGUUAAAUACGUAGCCGAAGCUAUACAUGAUAGUGUUCGAUCAUUUCCAGAUAUUUCUUCGGGUGAUUCAAAUGAAGUUGCUAAAUUUUAGGAUGCGCAUUUGUUUUAUAUAAUUUGUUUAAAAAUAUUAAUUAAAGUUCUAAAGUA